AUGGUUGAGUACAACAGCACGGGACUCACAAGUACCAUUCUGAAGGCGCGGUUUGGCUCUGAAAUCCGGAAACUGCCUUUGCAUCAUGGGAACGACCUGGCGAUGGCCGAUUUGGUCAUCAAGCUGCAGAGAAUAUUCAAAAUCUCCCCGGAGAAGAAUGUUGUGAUCAAGUACAAAGAUUCAGGUUUAUUUUAGUUUUCACCGUUUUUUUAAUCAACAAUUCCUGGGGUUUCAGAUGGAGAUCUCAUCACUAUUACCGACGAUAGUGAUUUACUUCUUGCACUUUCUGCGGAUUCCAGCGUUUUGAACAUUGAUCUGAGUAUCGAUUCGAAGGCUUACGAAUCUGUUCAGAACAUCCAACAGCAAGUUGAAAAUAUUAAGGUAAAUUUUAUUAGUUAUUUUUUUCUAGUGGGGCUCUAAAAAAAUGUUGUUAUAUCUGAAGAGGUAAGAUUUCAUUUUUAAAUCUGAAGAUCUUUUGAAGAUUUCCCGAUUAUACUCCACUAAAAACAACGGCCGAGAUAAAAGCGACCGCCAUUUUUGAUCUUCAAUGUACCGCUUUUUAUCUUACGCCAGACUAGGCACUUGUCUUUCAGUUCUUUGAUAUAAAAUAGAAGAUCCUGAAAAUCCCAACUAGCACAUUUCUUUGGUUUUUAUGAUGUGCGAAUCAAAAUCUUCAAAGUUUGUAAUUCGUAGAUCGGUUUUUUUUUUCUUCUGAACAUUCAUAAGAUAUAAAUCUUCCAUUCUGAAAUGCAGCCCAUUCUUAUGUGUUUUUUUUUUUCAUGCGAUUCAUCUUUACAACUUUCACGUUUACAGCUUGACGUUCAACGACUUCUGGCGAGUCUUUGCAUAUUAGAAAGUUCUGGGAUCACGCACCAGGAGGUAAAAUGCGUUUUAUUCAUAGUUUAAUUCUUCACUGUUUCAGGUUAGCACCGGUGGGAAAAAUUUGAGUAGCAUUUCUGCUGCCACUGUGCACCCACUCUCUAAAGUAGAACCGAGAAGCGAACAGGAAGACCAGUUGAGCCUCAAGCAGGUAAACACUAAUUCUGAAACACGGAAAAUGAACAUGAACGUCACAGACUUACGAUGCUCCUGACUCGCCUGUACCUUCUGAUAGGCCUGAAAUUCCUGCCACUAUUCAGCCUUCUUCCCAUGAACAGGUCCGUGUCACCACCUCUUCACACCUCUUUCAUUAAAUCAUUCUCUUUAGUGAAGUUGAACACCAAGGGAGCUAUUUUUUCAUUUGCUGAGAAGAAAAAAAAAAUAAAGUAAAUCAUCAUGAAUCGAGGAGUUUUUGAAUCUUGAGUUUUUUGAAUAAAUGAUGAAUAAAUCUCAUCUCGAAAUAACUUGACUUUUUUACUUGAUAAAAUAGAUAUAGUUUUUGAUUUGACAUCUGUUGAGAAUUGGAUGAAGUUUUUCGGUGAUUUUUUUUUAGGGAUCUCAAGUUCUCGAACACAAAAGGAGAUUCACGCUACGAGACUUAUUUUCGAUUUGUUUUUAAUCGAUUCUUUUCUUUUCCUAUUGCUUGAAUAAAUUAAUAGAUCGUGCUAAGUGAUUUUCAAAAAAUGAUAGAUGAAUUUCCUCCUCCUAUUUAAAAAAAAACCUCUUUUUAGCAGAGCGACUCAAGUCUUUCUUGGCCGUAUAAAGUUUCCUCAAAGUAUUUAUGUUUGUCUUCGGCUAUUUUUUUUAUUCUAUACUAUUUUUCUUUGAGAAAUUGAAAACUUUAAAAAAAAAUUUUCGGUCAGCGUGAAAAUUUGUCUAGGCAAACUGUUUUUUCUAUUCUCGAUCUUUCAGGUGUUGACGGACAGUCACCGAGCUCCUGUUGAAGAAGAUAUUCCUCUUGAAACUUCUUAUCAGAGCAGCGAACACAAUCAUUUCGAAGGUCAUGGUUACAAUGGCGCUCUUCAGAAUCCUCCGCUGCAAGACCCACACCAUUUCUCGCAGCUUCCUCCGAAUGAAGCGCACUUCGCGCCUCCGGCGUCGAUUCCUUCGUUCCCGACAUCGAACUCGGCUCCGCCACCGCCAUCUGCUCAGAAUGUCCCGCCUCUUGGAAACUUCGCCCCUCCACCGAUGCAGUUCCAAGCUCAACAGAAACCAGGUCAAGCAACCCCGCAGUCUUCUGUCUCUUCGACUCCAAUUCCUCAACCGCAUAACUUUGGCCCGCCUCAAGGACAACCUGGAGCUCAACAGCAGCAGCAUACGUUCGCACCACGGCCAGGAAACUUUGCUCCUCCGCCACACCAGCAUGCUUCUUUUGCACCUCCUCCUUCUUCGGAGCCGCAACAGUUCAUCCAGUCGCACUCGGCUGGUUUGCCUCCGCCAUCUGCUCCUUUCUCCGCUUUGCCAUCGGAGCAGCAGUUUGGAGCACCACCUCAGCAUCAGCAGCAGCAGUUUGGUGCACCACCCCAGCAGCAGCAGUUUGGAGCGCCACCCCAGCAGCAGCAGUUUGGACAACCACCACAACAUUUGGACAACUCUCAGCAGGGAGCGUUUGCUCCGCCGCCUCUUUCUGGCCAAUUCGGGGCUCCGAGAAAUCCGCAAAUGCAGCAACCAGGAUUCGGUCCACCGCCUCCAUCGUCUGCCGGAUUCGCUCCACCUCAGGCGAUGGGAGGCUUCGCUCCCCCACCUUCUGGAACGGCCCCUUCCGGUAUAAAUCCUUUCGCUCGGGGUCCAAACGGGCCACCUUUCCGUCAGUCGCCCUACCAUCAGUGAAAAAAUUUGUUUUUCGAACGUUUUUAUCAUUCAAAUGCACUGUGAUUUUUCACGAGUGGAUUUGAUAGUCUCAUGAGCCCUAAUUUAUUUUUGAUCAAAAUUUGUUUUUGAUACAGUUUUGGGAGUUUUCGAAUUAUAAUUGAUUAAUCAUGUUAGUUUGCGUAAUUUUUAUUUAAGACGCUUGAGAAAAUGCUUCGAGAGACAUGUUUUGACUUCGUUGCAGCCGAUUGUAGGUUCCUUUUUUCAUAAAAGGUGUUGGGCGUUUUUUUCUUCUCUUAAUACUCGAUAAAUUGAAGAAGCGUGAAGGAUUUGCAUGUUUUCUCUUUCUCGCUAGGUGAAGCAAUCUUUUGGAACAACUGGAAAUGAGAAUUUUGUUCAAUUUUUUUUUGUAACCACAGAGACCUUAUCCUUCUUUUUUUGUUUGUGUAUUACUCGUGCUUGUCCGUUUUUUUCAGAGAAGUUCUGAAGGAUAAAUAAUUUAUACAUAGUAAAAGAGCACGUUUUUUUAAUCGCAGAAAAAAAUCAACAGACAAGUUCAAAAAAAGUGUUGCAGCGAUAAUAAUAAUAAUAAGUAUUAUAAUCUUGGGUGAUAAUAAUCCUUAAUAAGGUAAGAAAAUUUUCUCGAAACGAAAAAAAAAACAGUAUCUAUUUUUCAAGUAGUUUAUUAGCGAAUUGACGAGUUUCAAGUUUUUUUGAAUGGUUUUGUUCGUUAUAUCUUCAGAAAUAUUUGAUGCUUAAAAAAAUUGGCAAAUAUAUGAUUCACCAAAAAAGAUUGGAACCUUCUUCACAUUUCACACAGAGCAAAAAGGGCUAUCCACUCCAAAAACGCAAAAAGACCCAGUUUUCAAAUUAUUUUCGAUCAGGGUGUAAUAAAGUGUCUAUAUACUAGGCUUAAUCAAAUUAUUGCACCUUUGCACUUUCCGAAACGGUUUUUCGUGACCAAAGGGACAGGACCUACUUACCUUCCAAAAAUGAGCUCAAUUGGAGACACAAAAUUUUGGAUUUUUGAGAGCCUCUAACUUUUUUUUUUCAAAGAUAUGGCAACUUUUGAGUAAUCAGCGUGAAAAAACUACAUCUAGGACACAUGGUCUCAUUCAGAAGUCCGCUUGUGAGGUGAGACCUUUUCCUGGUUAGAAAAACUACGUCAGGGAAUGGCGAUUUGCAGAGGAAAAUCGUUUGUAAAUGACUCAGCUACUCGCACAAUCAAACGGAGCAUUCAUCUUUGAGAAUAAAUAAAAUCGUUCGACAACUCGAUUUUCCUUGUGGGAACGUAUUCUCUCUGCUUUAAAGGUAUAAAAUGAGAGAUAUUAACUGAGGAACUACAGAAAUGCAAAUCAAACGUCAAUAUUUGAGGAUAUUGGGGUCUCGCACGAUUUCGGCCCCCCGGAGUCGCCUGCUGCUCAAUCCGAUGACGUCGCGCAGAUCUCGCAAGUUGUUCACCACCAUUCUGCACGUCACUUUGAUUCUCACUUCGAUAUUCUUAUGCGCCCGGAUAGCUGUUUCUUUCCUCCAACAGACCUUUACACGACCUGACUAUGGGUAAACACUGAAAAAUUAAACUGAACAAGAAACCUCAACCAGAUUUUCGAAAGUAAUACAAAUGUUUUUCGUUUUUAUGUUUUCGUCCCUUUGAAAAUAAUGGAGCUCGCUAAUUUAUAUUUUCUCAUUCUGAACUUUUUUUGCAAACUCAGUCAAUCAGUUUUUUUAGUCGAGUUUCUUCCUUACUGCUGCGUCUGUCGUAAUCUUGCCUUUGGGUCCUGAAAAAGACCAGCUAAUUAUACCUAUUUUCUCAAGCUCUAAGCUUAAACUUUGAGAGUUUCUACUUUUUUGUAACUGCUAUCUGAUGAUUAAAGAGGAUUGUUCUCAUAAAAUACGAUUUUAUCUAGUCGGCAGGCACAUUACACCAGUGAAAAUAAGUUUUUUUCGACUCGCCCUUAACUUCUUUACGAGGAUCCGCAAAGACACUGUCAAAAAUGGUUUGAGUUGAAAUAUAAUGUAUUUUUAUAAAUAUUUUUACCCUUUUUUACUUACGAUUGUGGGAAUUGGUCUAAUAAAAAAAGUGUUAAAUUUGAAAAAAUGUGCGAGGUUGUGAGCGCCGCUAACGGACGCGAGUCGGACGCGAAUCGGACGUGUCUGGGCAUUUUUAGUGACAACUUCAGCAGCAUCAGCACUCAUAAGUGAGCCCUAGAAUUGCUCAGAAACGUCCGGGGCAUGUCCGGUUUUCGUUAUCGAGGUACGAGGCGAUAAUCAAGCACAUAACUCUCGAUUUCGUCAAAAAAGGAAUGGUCAAAGUUCAGAGGAGACAUAUUGGAGAACCAUGGAGCUGAGUGCGAUCGGAUGUUCGAUGGCGACGAGUAUGCCAUUAGGCGAGCAGCCCUCUUUCAUUUCAACGGAAGCGUUGUAGAACAAGCGAUAAUCCAGGCCGAAGACAAGUUUGCUCUAAAACUCUAGCCAACUAUUGGGUAGCUCAGAUGUGAGGCGUUCCAAAAAAUCUUCCGUUUUUUCGAUUCUCCUUUGUCGGAAGAAGAGGCCGAGUUUCCAAUUGCCUACGGCUUGCUCGUCCAUAGUGACGUCAUCCAGGUAACUCGAGUUCCUGUAAAUUAAAAGUAGGUUUUUUCGAAAUAAAAGCUCUCUAGAGCGUCUCAAAAAAUUCAGAGUUUACUGACUUUUAAUAAAAUUCAUGAUUGAAACAAAGGUAAAAGAUUGCUUGGUUGAAAAUCCUCUCAAUCUCAGGUGAUGUUGCUCCUCUCGGCCAUUUACCAGCCGCAGAACCAAUUCUGCAUAGGUGUCGACAAAAACAGCGAGGAGAGUUUCUACAUGAAGAUGAAGCAGCUUGCAGAGUGCUACCCUAAUAUUCACGUCUUUGUGAGGAUUUCGUUUUCAAUUAAUUCACUUUUGAUCUUCUAGCGGGCGCUGCCGAUCAAAUGGUGCUCCUACGAGAUCCUCACGUCGGUUUUCAGCUGCGUCGAGUACCUAGCCAAGAUUGAAGCUCCUUGGGAGUACUACCAGGUCGGUGAAUCGACUUCCUGUUUGAAAAAAAACCGCCGAAUCAGUACCUAUCUGGCGUCGACGCUCCUCUGAAAACCAAUCUCGAAAUGGUCCGAAUUUUCAAAGCUCUCAACGGCACAUUUAACGCCGAAAUUUUGCCUUUUGAAUGGUACCGUCUGAUGUGGAAAAGGGUCUGUCAUUGCUCAUCUCGAAAAAUUUUUCAAUAAAUAAAGUUGAAGCCUUGGGAUUCCCCUCUGGAGCUCUACAAAACUUCUCUUUCUGCGACUUUCUCUCGCGCUUCCGCCACUUUCAUGAUUUCGAGUCCGGUGGUGAAGAAACAAAUGGAGUUUUUGAAAGGAACCUUGUGUGCAGACGAGUCACUUUGGGCCACCGUUGCAGGAAAUCCAAAAGGUAUGAACUUCGUGGAUUUCUUGUUCUAUGACCGCAAAGCUUCCGAUGCAAAACUAUGACUGUUUUUUUUUUGCGUAACAGCAAAAACGUAGCAAAGAGCCUUUAUCGAACCUUCCAUUUUUCUGGGAUUUUAAAGGCUCGAAAAAUGGUGGAGAAAGGGAGAGGCAGCAAAUAUGGUGCAUAAGGGCUGAGAAAAUGACGCAAAAGGGUAGCAAAAAAGGAGCCUUCAUCACCCUAAAACUUUAAGGCUACAUAAUAAUGUUCCUAAAAAGAACGUUAUUAUGUAGCCUUCCAGCAGCUUUUAUGACCCUCCGGGUACUUCCGACUUUGCCUAUGAAUAUAGCCUUCUGUCAAGAAUUGGAAGAAUUGCAUUUUUUUUUUUAAUCAGUGUCUCUUUUAUUUCACACACUAGUUUGAAGAAGCAUGGAAACAUCAAGAAAUAAAAAUGUGAGGAGAAGAGAUUAGGCUUUUCAAAGCAGGGCCUAAUCCUGAAACUUUUUUUUCAUUGUGUAUUUCGUGAAUCGUUCCGCUGACCCUUUUUUCUCAGAACUUAACAUGCCUGGCGGCUUCGAUGCUCGAGAGUUGCUGCGCCGCGGACCAAUCAGGUUUCUUCAGAUCCAGGCGUUGAACAACUCGUUCAGGCCAACUCCGAUUGACGAAACGGCUUCGAGGGUCGAAGGUCGCUACAACGUGACGUCAUACUACGUGGCGAGGUACCAGCAGUACGUGAACAGACCGCCUGCCAAGUGCAAAGGUUCUGCUGCGAUAUCGUCUUUUCGAUUCUCUUUUUCCAGGCUACUACUACCGUCUGUCGUGUGUUUUUGGCGUCAGAGACCUGCCCAUGUUAAUAAGGUUUCCAUAUCUGUCAAUACUUGAUGUUGAUUGAUUCGACAAGAAACUUCAAGAGACGAGUCUCGAGAUUAUAAGAAGGAAAAAUGAAAUUGAAUAGAGAAAAUAAGAACGGAGCAUGUAGGGCAUGGAUUUGGACCAGUAAUAUUUAUGGAGAACAGAUAUUUCUGACGUAAUAAAACUUAUGAUCAUAUUUAUACAUUUAUGUGGAUAAAUUCUGAUGUCUUUCUUUUAAUUAGAAAUAUAAUUUUUCCUGUAUAGUCUGUGUGCCACGACUUGAAAUUUCAUCGAACGACAUUCCGCUGUUCCGCUGCGUGCGUUCGCGAAGCGUCUUUCGAGUCUAGAUCAUGCUUUCAUUUUACUGUUAUUGAUGUGGGAGCAUAUGAAAGCAGAGUACCUUAAUAAAAAAAAAUUAAAAAAAUUAAAAGCGCGACAAAGGUUCGCAAAGGCGCGCAGCGGCACAGCGGAAUGUCUAUUGGUGAAAUUCCAAGUCGUGGUUCACAGGUUAUAUAAUAAAUGGUUUUUUCGCAAAAUUUUCGUUUUCAGUCGUUCACCUGCGACUAGAGCCCAAUUUAAGCCUCUGCUUUUUCAUUUCUCAUCAAUAUAAAAGACCAUAUUCAGAAGGCCGGAGCUCGUAGCACACAAACUUUAUCUCAAUUUCCAGCCGAUGGCUUUUAUGUGCUUAAUAAAUGUAAGAAGAUCUUGUUUAUCUCAAAAUUCAUAUGAAGUUUUUCAGGAAAUCCGUAGAAGAUCUUUGCAUCCUGUCAAUUUUACUGCAGAAGAAUACCGUAAUCUGCCAAACUCUCCUAAAUUUUCAUAAUAAAACUACAUCUCUCGUUGAAUUUAUUAUCACAAAAAUUUAAAAAAAUUUAAACGUGAAUCAAAACGUGUAUUGACGAGAAUGUAGAAGGCAUUUCCAUGCAAAUCGUGCAAAAACGAAAGUGGAGCACCUGACUUCGGAUAUGAGCGACUGGACCGGCCUCAUCGAACGCAAACCCGACCUGAUCUCCUUCUCCCUUCGUUACACACCUAAGAAGUCGUUUCCUGGAGAGGAUAUACGUAUAAGGCAUAGUUUAAAAACCUGUUUCUCACAUCUACAAUGCCAUAUUUUCUAAUUUCACGAUUUAAAUAUAUUUUAAUGGCAUACAGAGUCAUCGGAAAUAAAUGUGUAACUUUUUCUGCAGAGACAACAAAAACUUCUCCAUUUCUUCUUCGUCGACCAAAUCAAGUGUAAUUUUUUGGAGAUUUUAUCGGAAAAAUUUGUUAUUUUUUCAGCUUUCGGGGAAAGAAGCUACAGAAUCCGAUGCGAGUCAAGUUAGGAAAUAAAAACGUGUCAUUUUUUAGUCUGAUAUGAGCUCGAAUCACGAUAGCAGGACUUCUAGCCAAAAAAUGGUUGACGUCAAAAAGUGGAGUCGACGGAAUAGAGAAGAUUUCUGGAAAGCGGGUAUUAUUAACUUUUUUUUUCAAAACUGGAAGGCGAAAUUACGAUAGACGCCAGCAAUAAGGGAGAAAUUUGAUUUAAAGAAAACGUAUUUACGGAUUUUGCUGCACAUGGCCUAAGCUUACGAUCGAAAUCUUCAAAAAAGUUUGGACCGUCACGAUUCGAUUUUUUUUUGUCUUUUUUAUAGUUUGAAGGCUUACAAACAUCGCCAAAAAAUCAUGUGUCCUAUAGUUAGACUUCUUUGGAAAACCCAUCUUUUUUGAGAAGCUAUCCUACAUAACACGGAGAUAUUUGAAGAGAAUAUGGCGUCGGAUGUAGAACGAGUGUUGUGUGAAGUGGAGGACCUCAACAACUUCGUCCGCUCUUCCUAUCGCUUUCCGAAGCCUAACAGCCGCGGCUCCUCUCGGACGCCCUCCAAGAGCACCGACUCGUCGAGAAGUGUGACGACGUCUUCAUUGGGCCGCGCUUCGAACAGUCCUUGCGAUCCCAAGUCUCCAAUUUUUUCCUUUUUCUUUGACCUGGUUUAAAACUGUUUUUUCAGGCAAUUUGACAUUAAGUAUCCACAUUCCGAGUCCGAGAAGCUCCGUAUCCGAGUGAACGAUCGCCUUCUUUCCUACCUCGACUCUCCAAUUCAAACCCGAACUAGGUUUUUUUUUGAUUUAAUUUAGGCUCUGAAAGUCCAAAUUUUCCUUUAACAAUAUCUGUUGGGUGAUCAAACUAGUUGAGGUCGGCAUCGAAAGACCGAAAGACUUCUUCUGUUUCCGGAACCGAGAAGACCCAUACUCAGCAGAAACAACUUCCUUUGAGCAAGGUAGGCAAAUGAGAAUGGAUUUUCCCAGACCCCAAACAAAAAUGACGGCUAAAAAGAGCGACUAUUUUGCUCCUCUUUCUCAAUUUGGCUGCUUUUGCUCUAAAUUUAGCCAGAAGUUACUUGUAAUGUUGCAGAAAAACUGAAAUUUGGGAAAAAAAAAGUUCAAAAGAUCUUUUUCAUAGCCGUUUGAAAACAUGAUAUUCCAAAAAAAAAAAUUUUCUUUGCAGUCUAAAUUCAAUCUCUUUCAAAAAAAAUUUCAUGGAUUAGCAGAAAUUUAGAAUAAAUUCAGAAAAAAGACGAAAAAACAUCGUCUUCGUCUACCUCAUCUUCAUGUUCUUUUCGAAGUUUCCGAGAAAAUGCCAAUCAGAUUGCUCAGAUGAACAACAACAGAACCAUUUGUUUGGACGAGGAACGAGAUCAUCUUGGCCGGUAUUAAUGUUUCAUUAUCAAAAAAAAACAUUUCUCCAAAAGUCUUUUGUCUGAUCCCCUGGCUGUAACUCCGUUUCCACGUCGUACAAGCGUCAAGACACGCCAAAGAGCUCGCAUGCUGCUGCGGAAGAUGGCUUCCAGCAAGGUUAAAUCUCUUUUUAUAGAAUUUUGAUCAUGCAAGUUAAGAAAUUCGCCAAACGGGUGGACAGCAGUCAUACCGAUACUUCCACUUGUUCAAGGGCCAGCUCCGACUUUUUGCUAAACAAAAGGUUUUUCCUCUUCCUUUGCGAACAUAUUAUUCCGAAAUUACAUUAUUUGACGUUCGUGGAAAAAUUUUACCACAUUUCAAAAAACUAUGUCAUGACCACAAAAUAUCAUUUGUCCCUUUGUGUAAAUUGUUCAUCAAAAGUUUCAGGGCAGAGAAAAAUGAGCGCUGUUCUUCGUGUGGAGUUUGCUCACUUUGUGCAGAAGCUUGUUGUACAUUUCAGGUUGAUCACUCGAAAAACAAUUAUAGAAAAGUCAUAAAAAAAUCAAACUUUCAACCGUUCGAAAUUUUCUACUAAAAAAAGUUGAUUUUUGAAAAAAAUAAAUUCCGAAAAAUUUUGAAUUUCCACCAAAAAAAGAAAUUGUUUCAACGGUUGAAAUUUCAGCCCAACGUUUUCUCUAUUGUACAUAUUUUUUUAUAUUUUUUUAUUUGUUAAUAUUAGUAUAUACUGGUUAGCACACCGAUAUUUUACAGCGAAAUUUGCAUCACUUUUUCCAGGAUAAAAAGAAGGCUACCGAUAAAUCUUUGGUAACUGCCUCAGAGGUCGACAGGUUCAAAAAGAGGAUGAAUUCCUUGCGCCAACAAAUGCGUAAUCCACAGGUUUGGCAAAUGAAAUAAUGAAAUUCAUAUCAUGCUUUCAGAAACCUAGAAAAUGCGAUAAUCUUCCGAAGGACGGUUACGACUUGACACAGUCUAAUUCCGAUAUCAAUACCAGCGGAAAAACGCGUUAGAAAUCACACACUCACCUCUUUACAAACGAAAUAAACACUUUUUUUAAAGGCGCAUACUCCAGUAAAAAAUUGGUCUUGUUCGUUGUGCGACCGCGUUGCUUGGAUAUUCCCAAACUUCAAAUUUUCAUAGCGAUCUUUCUUUUUAUUAUUUUUAUUAUUUUUAUAAUUAUGUAUUCAUAGUGAUUUCGCGAAAUCCAAAUUGCCAUCACAGAAAAAGAAAGAUAAUCAAAAUUUGGAAGGUUAGAUAAUUUUGCAUUUGGCGGAAAUUACUUCUAACACGACAUGAAUUCCGUUCAAAGUGUAUUAUCAAAUGUUACAAUUUGGAGCGCGUAGGAAAAAAUUGGAGAAACAGCAAGGUAAUCUUAAGCGGACACAGAGCUUUUUCUUCGCUUUUUCAAUGAUUCUCUGAAAUUUUCAAAUUGUUUAUUGGUAAUAUUUUCACAUAGGUUUUGCAAAAAGUGUAGAACACAAUUAAAAAUUAAAAACUUUUGGAACUUGGUCUGCUGUCAAGUUUAAGGCUUAAUACUAAUUUUCUUCAUUAUUAUUAAUUGCCGAUGCUUUCGUAAUUUUUUGUUCAAAUUUUUUAUAUAGCAAAAGUGAAUUUUUUUGGUUUCUUCUUUAUGCCGUGUUCAAUUUGAUUCCGCGAAAUGCAAAAUACCCGUUAGAGAAAGGAAAAGAUCACUAGAUUUUGGGGAGUCAGAGAUCAUUUUGCAUUUCGCGGAAUCAAAUUGAUGCCGUGUUCAAAGUAAUUUCCGCGAAAUGCAAAAUGAUCUCUGACUCUCCAAAAUUUAGUGAUCUUUUCCUUUCUCUGACAGCUAUUUUGAAUUUCGCGGAAAUUACUUUGAACACGGCAUGAACACGGCAUUAAAGUCAAUCAGCACGGUUUUUGAUAAAAAGUUUUGAUCUUUAAGAUUGUUUGCAGAUAUUCAAACAUGCCUGUCGACAUCGAAACCAUCAAGCCAGGAGAUGAAGCGACUUUCCCCAAGACUGGCCAGACCGUGACGUGCCACUAUGUUUUGACCCUCGAAAACGGAAAGAAGGUUUUGUGAAAAAAAAAAAAAGAAGUUUAUACAUGAAAUUCGAUCAGAUUGACUCUUCCCGUGAUCGUGGAUCCCCAUUCAAGUUCAAGAUCGGCCGCGGCGAAGUCAUCAAGGGCUGGGAUCAAGGUGUUGCCAAGGUAAAUACAAAAAAAUGAUAUAAAUUUUUUUGAUCACUUCAAAUUUAAAAAUUAAACAAAAAAAUUUAGAUAUUAGUUAUAUAACUUUUUGCAAAAAAAUAUUUUCAAGCGUAUAAGAAUUUCUGGAAAUUUCGAAUUUAUAUUUUUUUGUUUAAGGUGAUUUUUGCUAAAUUCAGAAUAGCCUUAAUGGAAUGGAAAAAAACAACCACAUAUUAGAGAUUCGAAAUCUUUUCGAACACAACAAUAACCAUUAUAUGUGAAAAAUAUAUCUUUUUGUCAAUAAAAAAAAGGAAAUUGAAAUCAGGGACAAGUUUUCAUUGUAGUUUUUGUUCCUUCUAGUCAAAACUUCGUACCUUUCUGAAGUGUUUCGAAGCAUCCACAUUUUUAUGCCCUUUUCAAAGUGAUUUUGGCGAUUCCAAAGUUGACGUGUUUUUCAUUUAGAAUGAUAUAGCAAAAUACGCAAUAAUGGAACUUCAUGAGCUUUGAAAAAAAAAAUUAGGUCCUAGAAGGUGCUAAUACGGUGUCUCAGCAGAUGGUCCCGUAUCAAACUCUUGGAAGCAGACCUGGUAGAAAAUCGCAAUUUCAAAAUUAUGCGUUAUUCGUUUGAAAUAAUUUUAAUUAUGCGUUAUUCGUUUAAAAUAAUUCAAUUUUGAAUCAAUUUUUGUCUGAAAGUCACUUUGAACGCGGCAUUAAGCGCAAUUUUAUUGUUUGAUUCACGAUUUUGAGAUGUCUGUUGGACAACGAGCGAAGCUGACCAUCUCUCCUGACUUGGGCUACGGAGCGAGUGGUGUUUCGGGCGCUAUCCCACCUAACUCUACCCUGAUCUUCGAUGUCGAACUCAUUGCUACAAAUUGA